AUACACAACUCCCUCAUCGUGAACUGUUUCUCGACAACAUCCUCCGAAGAAGCGAGAACUACUGGUUGCAACAUGUUCCACCCCAGCAUCCACGGCGUGCCUUCAGGUCACAGCCACGGCCACGACCACGACGACCCCAUCAUCCUCGACGACAACGACCAAGAGGAUCACCCGUACAACUCCGACACCGAUACCUCCACCUCCGACUCCAUCGGCAGGCGUCCGCACCGCCUGCCGGCGCAUGUAUUAGCGCAGCAGCAGCUAUCCCAGCUACAACGGACGCAGAACAGACCAAUAAUAAACCCCCUGCACCAAUUCCCCACCACAAACGGCACCACACUAGGCGACUCGGCCACAACCGCAAUCACAGAAACCACCACCACCACCACCACCAACCCUUCCAAUCCAACCACAACCCCCUCAAGCAACCAACCCACAACCACAACCACAACCAACACACACUACCAAACCUCCCUCGAACAAGACAAAAAGCUCCGCAGCCGCAUCCGCGAAGAGCGCCACGCCGCCCUCUGCGUCCUCCUGGACCGCGAACUCCUCACCGUCCAGGCCCUCGCCGCCCAAGAGUCCAUUCCCCAAACCCGCCGCCGCUUCCUCGCCAAACUCCUCAGCCCCGAGGACCCCGAAACCGCCGCCAGCCUGCAAGGCGAUCGCUUCGUGAUCCAGCAUCCGAUGCGGUUGGGAUCGGGAUCCGCAUCGAGAUCCGGGACCGCGUCGCCAGCGGCUACUGCUACUGCUGCUGCUGCGGCGGCGGCAGCGGCGGCAUCACCAGCCACUCCGUCCGGGGCAGACUACGAGGAAGACGACAGGCGGUUCCGGAUCGGGGUCGGGAUCGGCGGACCCAUCACGACGACGGGGUUGAUUGUUCCGCGGCAGGUCGAGGAGGUGUAUGAGACGGACGAGGCCGGGUGGAGGCGGCCGCCGCCGGGGGGAGCGGAGCGGUUUGGGGUUGGUGGGAGUGGAACGAAUCGCGGGCCCCCUGCGGCGGCCGGGGCGGGGUCCUCCGCGGUGUCGUCGCCGUCCGGGAGGACGAAAGGGGGUACAGGGACGACGAGUGAUAGUAGUAGUGUGGCGGCUACGGCGGGGUCGACGCCCGAGAGGCAGCGGAGGGGCAUCAAGGGGCGGUCGCAGCGGGAGAGGGAGCGGGAGAGAGGGCGCGCGCGGAGGGGUUUAGUUGGUGGUGGUGCCGGUGCGGCGGCCUCGAUCUUUGGAUCUUCCCUUACAUGA